AUGGUACUUCGAGGAAAAAUGUUACUUGCUAUGGGACAACUUGAUUUGUCUUCAUUUUGUGUUGAAGCAGCUGCUAAAUUACAAUCAUUAUCAAGUCCUGAAGAAGACAAAGUAUCGUCCAUAUCAUCUUCCAUGAAAAUGAGUGCAUCAAGUCCUCAACAACAAGCUAUUGUACAUUCAUUUCUUGAACAAUUUGAUUAUGCUCUAUCAAUUAUGGAAUGUGAAUGUUCAUUUCAUCCAACAGCUGCAAAUAAUCGUAUGCUUGGUAGAUUACGUAUAAAAGCUAAACGUUUUGAUGAUGCAUUUGAAAAAUGUAUACAAGCAUGUCAAAAUAAUACAGCUACUGAUCAAGCAACUGAACUUUAUGGUGCUUAUUUAGAUUUAAGUAAAUGUCUUAUACAACUUAAAUGUUAUCCACAAGCUAUUGAACAAUUAACUAUACUUAUUACUAUUCAACCAGCAAAACAAAAUGCUGAAGCUUAUUUACAACGUGAUAUUGCUAAAAUGAGAAUGUUUACAAAAUAUUCAACUCAGGAAUUAAUAAAAUUAUCAUUGAAUCGAUAUCCAUUAUUAGAUAUUAAUAGAGCACUUGUUAUUGAAUCUAAUAGUGCUGAAGCAUAUCUUGCACGAGCUGCUUGGUAUGCUCGUUAUGAACAUUAUUCAAUAGGUGCAUUAAAUUGUAAUGAAGCUAUUCGUUUAUGUCCAAAACUUGAACAUGCUAUCAUAGAUUUAUCAAUAUCAUUACAAAUUGAUCCAUCUUCAUUACAAAUAGUAUUAACAUCAAAUGAUGAGAAACAAAUACAAAUACUUAAACAUAAAUUAAUUUAUACUAUUGGACAAUGUCAUCAUCGUUUAGUACAAUUUGAUAAAGCGAUUGAACAAUUAACAUCAUUUGAUACAAUUGAACAAACAACAAUUAACAUGAAUUUUUGA